AUGUCAACUGCUGGAAAACCCAUUACUUGUAAAGCUGCUGUUGCCUGGGAGGCUGGUAAGCCCCUGACCAUCGAGGAGAUCGAGGUGGCUCCUCCUAAGGCUCACGAAGUCCGUAUCAAGAUCUUGCAUUCUGGUGUUUGUCACACUGAUGCUUAUACUUUGUCAGGAUCCGAUCCCGAGGGUGCUUUCCCCAUUAUUCUUGGACACGAGGGUGCUGGUAUUGUUGAGAGUGUUGGUGAAGGUGUUACCAGUGUCAAGGUCGGUGACCAUGUCAUUGCUUUGUAUACCCCAGAAUGCAAGGAAUGUAAGUUCUGUAAGUCUGGUAAGACCAAUUUGUGUGGUAAGAUCAGAGCUACUCAAGGAAAGGGUGUCAUGCCCGAUGGAACUAGUCGUUUUACUUGCAAGGGCAAGCCAUUGCUUCAUUUUAUGGGUUGUUCCACCUUUUCUGAGUACACUGUUGUUGCUGAUAUCUCAGUUGUCGCUAUUGAUGAGAAGGCUCCUCUUGAUAAGGCUUGUUUGUUAGGUUGCGGUGUCACUACUGGUUAUGGUGCUGCUACCAUUACUGCCAAUGUCCAAGAGGGCGACUCUGUUGCUGUAUUUGGUGCUGGUUGUGUUGGUUUGUCGGUUGUUCAAGGUGCUGCUGCUCGUAAGGCCGGUAAGAUCAUUGUUAUCGACGUUGAUGACAAAAAGAAGGAAUGGGCUACCAAGUUCGGUGCUACCGACUUCAUCAACCCCAAGACUGUGGACAAGCCAAUUGCUGAGCACUUGGUUGAAGUCACUGACGGUGGUCUUGACUUCACCUUUGACUGUACUGGUAAUGUCGAUGUCAUGCGCAGUGCUUUGGAGGCUUGUCACAAGGGCUGGGGUCAAUCUAUUAUCAUUGGUGUUGCUGCUGCUGGUAAGGAGAUCUCUACUCGUCCCUUCCAAUUGGUUACUGGUCGUGUUUGGAGAGGUUCUGCCUUUGGUGGUGUCAAGGGUCGUUCUCAACUCCCUGGUCUUGUUGAGGAUUACAUGAAAGGUACUCUCAAGGUCGAGGAGUUCAUCACCCACCGUCAUUCUUUGGAUGGAGUCAACACCGCUUUCAAAGACAUGCAUGCUGGAGACUGUAUCCGUGCUGUUCUCUCUUACCAUCAAUAG